UUAGUUGACAGCAGCACCAAUCGCCCAAAACAAAAAGUUGGUUUCGCUCACAAUUGGUGUGAAAAACCCGUGAAAUCAAAUGCAAAUAAUGGAUCUUGAUGAAGAUGCAUCAUCCAUUUGUGAGUCUACGGCUUCACUCACGGAAGGAUGCAGGCUUCCGGUGCGGAUGAAUGGGACAAAUGAUUGGCCCCUGGCCGAGAUAAUUAGCGUUAAGGACACAUCACUAGGACAACAGAAGCUCUUCUAUGUGCACUAUGUGGACUUCAACAAGCGUCUGGACGAGUGGGUCAGCGAGGACUUCAUGGACACGAGAAAAGUACAAUUUCCACGGCGAGACGGCACGACCACGGGUCAGAACACGGGCGUCACGACGCCCAAGAAGCAGCCAACCGUUCCCACCACAGGCGCCAGCUCCCGGCCGGCCAGUCCAGUUACACCCUCCAGUGAACUCGUGAACGGCAGUGCUGUGCUCGCGGCGGCGCUGCAGAAGAAGAUGAACAGGAAGCGGAAGCUGAGCACUGUGGCGGCGGCGCCGCCGGUGGCCGUGCCCGUGCCGACGACACCGACGGUGGAAGUGGAGGAGAACUCGCAGGACGCGUCGAAGCAGCAGACGCCGCGGCAGUCGGGCAGUCUGGUGGCGCAUCACGACGACGUGGUGACGCGGAUGAAGAACGUGGAGAUGAUAGAGCUGGGCAUCCACCGGAUAAAGCCGUGGUACUUCGCGCCGUAUCCGCAGGAGCUGUGCCAGAUGUCGUGCAUCUACAUCUGCGAGUUCUGCUUGAAAUACCGCAAGAGCAAAAAGUGCCUGGAGCGGCACAUCAACAAGUGCAAUCUCAAGCAUCCGCCCGGCAAUGAGAUCUACCGCAAGGGCACGAUCUCCUUCUUCGAGAUUGACGGGCGGAAGAACAAGGUGUAUGCGCAGAAUCUGUGUCUCCUGGCCAAGCUCUUUCUCGACCACAAGACUCUCUACUACGACACGGAUCCGUUCCUCUUCUACGUGAUGACGGAGUUCGAUCAGCGCGGCUUCCACAUCGUGGGCUACUUCUCCAAGGAGAAGGAGAGCACGGAGGACUACAAUGUGGCGUGCAUCCUCACGAUGCCGCCGUUCCAGCGCAAAGGAUACGGAAAGCUGCUCAUUGAGUUCAGCUACGAACUGUCCAAGUACGAGGGCAAGACUGGCUCGCCUGAGAAGCCACUGUCAGAUCUGGGCUUGCUCUCCUAUCGCAGCUACUGGGCGCAGACGAUCCUCGAGAUUCUCCUGGCACAGAAGCCCACCGUCGACCAGGAGAAGCCGCAAAUCACAAUCAACGAAAUCUGUGAGUUAACCAGUAUCAAGAAGGAGGACGUGAUAUCCACCCUGCAAAAUCUCAAUCUGAUCAACUACUACAAAGGCCAGUACAUCGUGUCGCUGUGCCGGGACACGAUUGACCAGCACAAGAAGGCGAUGGAGAAGCGGAAGGUGCGCAUCGACCCCAAAUGCCUCCACUGGUCGCCCAAGGACUGGUCCAAGCGGUCGAAGUGGUGAUGGCGCCCAAUGUUGAGUAUUUUAGCGUGUUUAACUAUUUAAUUGUGUGUCCACGUGUCCGUGUUGAGAGUUGUUGGUUUUAGAUUCGUCACUGUACAUUCGAUGCUGCACUAGGUAUGCAAUGUAAGGAUCUAAAUUUAAUAUACAUAGAGACUCUGUAGGAUGAUAAGGAUGUGGAAAGGAGGGCAAAAAAGUUCUUUUGCGCGCAGAACAAAUGAGGUUACGUUUUUUCUAACUCUCCUGUCUAUAUAGAUGAUGAAUGAGGAUUACUUUGGGAGACACUUCAGAACUGUAUUAUAGGAUGAAGAAGAGAGAGAAAGCUCUUAGGAUCAUUUCAGUGAAAAUUCUGUCGAAUUUGUAUAAUAAAUUCUAGAAAAUUAAAUUAUUUUCUCGCCUCGACGCCGCGCUUUUCACUGUUU